AUGCAGGCCCCGGGCCCCGGCGCGGCCGCCCUCCGCGAGGGGGACGCCGCGGACCUGGCCCUCUACGACUUCGAGCCGCUGCCCACGCUGCCCGAGGACGAGGAGAACGUGUCCCUGGCGGACAUCCUGUCCCUGCGGGACGGCGGCCUCAGCGAGCAGGAGGCCUGGGCCGUGUGCCUGGAGUGCAGCCUGGCCCUGCGCAGCGUGGCGCCCGCAGCCAUCUUCCAGACCCUCUGCAUCACGCCUGACACCCUGGCCUUCAACACCAGCGGCAGCGUGUGCUUCAUGGAGCAGCUCAGCGAUGACCCUGAGGGCGUCUUUGUCCCCCCAGAGUUUGAUGACACUGGGAACACCUUUGAGGCGCACAUCUACUCCUUGGGGGCCACGCUGAAGGCGGCCCUGGAGUACCCCGCGGGGCCCGAGCCGGGGCCCGAGCUGAGCCGCGACCUGGAGGCCCUGCUGAGCCGGAUGCAGGCGGAGGACCCCGGGGAGCGGCCCGAGCUGCAGAGCGUCAUCGCGCUGUGCGAGCAGAAGCUGCAGCUGGCCUCCCCCUGCCGCCUGUGCCGGAGCCUGUCGGCCGCGGGACGGCGGGUGCUGUCCCUCGAGUCCUUCGGGGCCUUUCAAGAGGUCAGCGAGAGUGCCUGGCGGGGGAGACCCAGGAGGCCGCCCGGGGACCCUGGGGACCUGCCCACCACAGAGGGCCCACCCCAAGCCUCCCUCCCCCGGGGCCCGGAGCACCCCGGGACCCCGCCCACCAAGCCUCUGCUGUCGGCCCCCAUGAGGAACGGUGAGAGCCACGGCCUGGAUGAGCUGGCCAGCCUCCUGGAUGAGCUGGACACCCCGCGUGCCAGGGGGGCCCUGGAGCCCGACUUUCUGGAGCGGGGCCACCUGCGUAAAGUGCAGACAUUCCCCCGGCUCCUGCCCGAGGGGCCCGAGGCCAGUGGCCUCUGCCUGCCACUGACCAGCGCCAAAAACUUGCUGCCCGCCUCGGAAUCCCCUACUGCAGACGCCGGGAAGGGCCCCUGGGACGGGAGAAGGGGGCUCUCCAGUGUGAAGGCACCACCCAAGUCCGGACUGUGGCCAGAGCAGGGCCCAGAGCCCCAGCCGGACGGGGCCCAGGCGGCGUCGCAGCCCAGCCAGGGCCCUGCAGAGGAAAGCCCCCCAACCCACUCCCAGGACCCCGGUGAGGUGGGUCCCGCUGCCUGGACUCUCAAGACCGAGGGGACUCUGGAUGCAGCUGGACAGCCAGGAAGUACAGCCGCGGAGCAGGUGAGAGCUGGGGGCUCCCCGUGGCUGGAGGGCCCCUGCACAGGCAUGUGCCCCUCCACCCCCACACGCACCACCUCGGCCUCCCUUGCCCAGCCCUUACCCAGCUUUGCCCCAGCUGCCCUGUGCACGCAGCCCAGACCCGGCCCUGGGCCAGGACCCUCCCUGUUUCCGUGGAUUGUGAAGGACUUGUGUAGGGGCAGCCCCCCACUAGGACCACCACACCCCCAGGGGUUAUCUCCGGAGCUCUGGCGUCUUCAGGCUGCUGGUGCUGUCCCCAUAUCAGCUGUGAGGACCUGGGAGGUCCAGGGAGGCCCAGGGAGGCCGGGGGUGUUCAGCCUCACUGCAGGUGCUCGGAGUGGCCUGGGCUGCAGCCUCCGAGGCUGGUCAACCCAGCCCCCAGCAGGCUGCUUCCCGAGCUCUGCAGGGCGCAAGCCCUUGGCCUCCUACCACCUGCUGCUUGUCUUGGGUGCACAGCUGUCCCCGCAGGGCCUGUCCUCUCCAGGCCAGCUCCUGGGCCUGUGUGGGAGAUCUCAGUUUGCUGCUGUCCUUGCUGACUUGCGCUGCUUUGCGGCCGAGUCCCAGCAGCCCCGGCCGGUGGGUGUCCAGGAGGUGUCGCCGUGCUGGCCGGCUGCGCUGGGCCCCUGUGUGGGGCUGAAUGCGGGGCGCUGCGGGCAGGCGCCGGGCGCGGCUGGGGUCCUGAGCGGCCUCCAGCGGCGCUGCGGGCCGGGGGCGCCGCCCGAGUCCCCGCCCUCGGCCCAGGGUCAGCUCCCGGCACGGGAAGGCCCGGCGGCCGGCCGGGGCCUCCAGCUGCCUGCCCGGCACGGCCCCGCGUACCCCCCGCCGUCCCGGGAUAGGGGCUCCCCUGUGCCUGCGGGGCUCUCCCCGACCUCUCAGCAGCCGGCGGGCCCGGGCUGGGCCCCGGGAGCCGCGAGCGGCUGGGCUGAGCCGGCUGCCCCGCAGGACGUCGGGCUGCGGGACCUGCUGCGCCAGCUGGGCCGGCCCUUCAGGGAGUACGAGCUGUGGGCGCUCGCCCUCGCCUGCCUCCGCGCCCUGCGCGCGCAGCGCCAGCGCCCAGCCUACCUGAGCCCCGACUCCGUGCUGGUGGCCGAGGACGGGGCCGUGCGCCUCGCGCCGCCCCCCGCGCACGGUGCCCCCGACGCCUUCUUUCUGGCUCCCGAGGCUGCGGAGCAGAAGCCGGUGACCGAGAAGGCCUCUGUGUACUGCGUGGCCGCGGUGCUGUGGGCGGCCGCCAAGUUCGGUGUCCCCCGCGGCCGCAAGCUGGCCCUGCCGCACCGGCUCAAGACGCUCCUGCUGGACAUGGCGCGCCGCCGCGCCCCGGAGCGGCCCUCCGUGGCCGAGGCCACCAAGAUGUGCAGCGCCUACCUCCUGCAGCGAGGCAUGGACAGCAGGAAGAUUCUAGCCCACCUGAGGGCGUCCACCUGCCAGGCUGACCAGGAAGAAGAGACCAUCGGUCUCCAGAAGGCCUGCCCUGUGGCCGGUCUGAGCCCUCGCCCAGUGGCCGCCACCCAGCUGGGCCCAGGCUUCCUGCAGGUCAGCGGGGACACGUGGCUGGCGGCUGUGCGGGAGCCUGUGCCCAGCCAGCCCCCCAGCCGCGGGGGGGCCCUGGAGCUGCCGCCCGCAUUCACUUCUGCUGCCACCCACUUCACCCCCAUCGAGCUCCCACCCCGCGCAGGAGUGGCCAGGGACACCCUGGCCCUGCCCUCGGGCCCCAGGUCUGAGCAGCCAGGUCCAGCUCCGGAGCCCCUGGAGGGGUCUGCGCUGAGAGAGCCCGCCCAGGGGCACGCCCCGCCCUCAGCCCCAGCCAGCCCGCCCAGUGGGGCCUCCUCCAGGUUGCUCGCCUCUCCUGCCCCGAGCCAGGCCCUGAAGGCACAGGUGCCGCCCCAGGGACAAGGGCCAGAGGAGCAGGUGCUCCCAGGAGCCUCUGCCGGAGGCCACAGGCUCCUCGCCCCAGGGCCCGCUGCAGCCCCGGGCUCUCGUCACCCAGCCAAGCCGCCCAGGGCUCCGGCCAUUGAGCCCCGGGGUCAGGAGCCCAGGAGCACCCAGUCAGCCUCAUGGGGCCCCGCCCUGGCUGCAGCAGGUCCAGAGAGUCCUGGGGGCACAGCUACCUCGGAGCAGGGAGACCAGACCCCGGACGGUCACCCUGAGAGGCCCCGGCCAGCAGACCCCAAGUCCUGUCCAUCUGGUGUGGACGCCCCGCCUCUCCCAGGGAGAGCGGCCUGCCCCUCGCUGCAGGAGGCCAUGCGCCUCAUCCAGGAGGAGUUUGCCUUCGACGGUUACCUGGACAACGGCCUGGAGGCUCUGAUCAUGGGGGAGCACAUCCUCGGCCUGAGGGACCUGACCUUUGCCACCUUCUGUGGCGCCGUGUCCGAGAAGUUCAGCGACCUGUACUGGGGCGAGAAGUUGCUGUGCGACCUGUUCGCCGCCGUCAACAGGAGGGGCUCGUCCCCAGAGGGGGCUUCGGAGGAGGCUGCGCCCCAGCGUGAGGGUGGUGGCUGGACCGGCCAGCCCGGCGGCUGCUCCCCAGCCAGCAGGAGAGCCUCCCUGCGCGGAGCUGGUAAGGGGUGGGCCUGGGGCACUGGGCACAGGGCUGUGGGCAAAGGGGGCCUCGCCUCUGGACCCCACGGCGGCCUGCGGUGGGAGCAUCUGCCCCGGAGGGGACCCCACUUAAGCCUGAUUUGGCCAGGCUCCCCCGGGCUGCGCAGGUGUGGUGUCAGGGAGGGGACCUGUAUACUUUCCUGGCGGGGGUCAGGGCCUCCCCCUGCGCCCGCGCACCUGUGCUCCAGAGUAGAGAUGGCCAGAGCCCCCGCCCCGGGGAGCCCCCCUUCUGCACCUGUUCCCUCAGCAGCAGUUCCAAGCCCCACCCCUGGCUCUGCACCACGCGAUAGCAUGUUUUGGGGGCCGGGAGCAGGAGCCAGCCCCGCCCUGGUGGUGACCCCACCGUCCACGUGGGCCGUCCCUCUGGGCGGCGCUGAGCGUCUGACCCUCUGUCCAGGGAAGGAGAAACUGCCCGCAGCAGGCGGCAGCCGAGCCCCCUGCCCGGGCCCCGCUCGAUCGGACAGCGACACUGAGGAGCUGUCGGGGGGCAACCUGGAGGUGGGGUUCCGGCCGCAGACGUCCCUGAGAGCCAGGCGGGAGCCGCAGGCUGAGGCCGCGGAGGCCCCGCGGCAGGCGGGCCCGGGCUCGGAGGCCGGGGCGCGGCCGGCCCGGCGGGAGGAGGGCCGCGGGGCCGGGGUCCCGAGCGGCAGCCCGGGCUGGGGCAGCGCCUUCUACGAGGAGGCCUGCUUCGGGGCGGACGUGCACCGCUGCGCGCAGCAGCUGGCCGGGCAGCAGGCCCUGGACGCCGACACCCGCCACCCGGCGCUGGAGCAGCAGCUCGUGAUGGAGAAGCGCAGCUACCGCAAGACCCUCAAGUUCUACCAGAAGCUCCUGCAGAAGGAGAAGCGGCACAAAGGCUCCGAGGUGAAGACCAUGCUGGCCAAGCUGCGGGGGCAGCUGGAGGAGACGCAGGGCAGGGUGCAGCAGCUGGGGCUGGUCCGGAGGUACCUGCAGGUCCUGUACGCCGAGCGCUGGGGCCUGGAGCCCUGCGCGCUGCCGGACAUCGUGAACGUGGCGGCGGCCCAGUGCGGCGCGCCGGCCUUCAGCCCCCUGGACGAGUCCUCCUCCCUCAUCUUCUACAACGUCAGCAAGCCGGCGCGCGGCGGCCGCCCGCGGAGGGGGCGCGUCCUGCAGGCGGGCACGCCGCUGGGGCUCAUGGCCUACCUGUACUCCAGCGACGCCUUCCGGGAGGGCUACGUGCAGCAGUUCCUGUACACCUUCCGCUACUUCUGCACGCCCCAGGACUUCCUGCGCUUCCUGCUGGACCGCAUCAGCGGCGCCCUGUCCAGGGCUCCCCAGGACCCCACCUCCACCAAGAUCUACAAGCGCAGCUUCUGCCUGCUGCAGGCCUGGGUGGAGGACUGCCUGUCCGUGGACUUCGCCCGCAACGCCGGGCUGCUGGGCAGGCUUGAGGACUUCAUCUCCACCAAGAUCCUGCCCCUGGACGGUGCGGCGGAGCAGCUGCUGGGCCUGCUGGAGGUGGGUGCUGACCGGCGAGCGGAGGGCGCCCCCUGCAGCGCAGACCUGGAGGACCCCAGGGUGGAGGAGGAGGCCAGACCCCUCAGCGCCCUCUGUAAGCGGCUCUCAGAGGACGGCAUCUCUCGGAAGAGCUUCCCCUGGCGGCUGUCCCGGGGUACCGGGCUGGCCCUGCCUCAGGCCAAGGAGCGCCAGUACAGCAUUGCGGCCGCGCUGCCCCGCCCCUGCUUCCUGGAGGACGUGCAUGGACCCCUGAGCAAGGCCAGCGAGAAGGGGCCCUACUUCCUGACCGAGCACAGCGCCCACCAGCUCUUCACCCAGCUGACGCUGCUGCAGCAGGAGCUGUUUCAAAAGUGCCAUCCCGUCCACUUCCUAAACUCUCGGGCCCUGGGUGUGAUGGACAGGAGCGCAGCCCUGCCCUGCUCUGGCUCUGCCGAGGGCCCGGCCACCCGCUCCUGCAGCCUCUUUCUGCCCAGCUACGUGCAGGACAGGUACCUGCUGCAGCUGCUGCGCAGCGCGGACGAUGUCAGCACCUGGGUGGCCGCUGAGAUUGUCAGCAGCCCCAAUGCCAAGCUGCAGGUGACCCUGCUCUCCAAGUUCCUGCUGACCGCGAAGGCCUGCUGCGAGCACAGGAACUUUGCCACAGCCAUGCAGAUCCUGGGGGGCCUGGAGCACCUGGCCGUGAGGCAGUCCCCCGCCUGGAAGAUCUUACCCGCCAAGAUGGCCGAGGCCCUGGAGGAGCUGAAAGCUGUAGAGGUCUUCCUGAAGAGCGACAGCCUGUGUCUGAUGGAAGGGCGGCGCUCCCGGGCCCAGCCCACCCUGCCCUCAGCCCGCCUCCUGGCCAUGCACGUCCAGCAGCUGGAGACCGGGGGCUUCACCAUGACCAACGGGGCCCACAGGUGGAGCAAGCUCAGGAACAUUGCCAGGGUGGUGAGCCAGGUGCCCGCCUUCCAGGAGAGCCCGUACACCUCCCCCGACCCCAAGCUGCAGGCGCACCUCAGGCGGAGGAUCGCCCGCUUCAGCGGGGCCGACGUCGCCCUCCUGGCGGCCGACAGCAGGCCCGGGCCCCGGGGCGGCAGCGGGAAGCCCUCGCGGAAGCUCCAGGACAAGCUGCGCAGGAUGAGGGCCACCUUUCAGUAGGCGGCCCGCAGGCAGCCCAGGAGCGCCCACAGCC